UAUUGGAUAUAUAAGAAGGAAGCACGAGGGUUUGACAAUCUCAGUUCCCAAGACACGUCCAAUUGACGAGCACAGUAAAGUGUCCUUCGUUAAUAACGAAAAAUUCAAUUAACUCGAUAUUAAUUAAUUUUUCAUAUAUCAAUUACUAAUUAUCAAACUGAAAAAUGUUCAUCAAGACCGUCGCCGGUAUUGCGCUACUCCACGUCCUGUCAGCCGUAUCCGCUGCACCUAGAUACACGAAAUCUACUGUACCAUCGUGGCAUCUGCCAUGCGGCGAUAUUUUGGAGUCUGAUAACACACCUAUCGAAAAUCUCGAGGAACAAUUCAAAAUAACCCUGGACAGUUUGAGUCUACAGCAUCAAUUAUCUAUGAGCGACUAUCUCAAUCGCGACUACGAGUAUCUUUACGAGAAAGUGAGAAUCGGUGUUCAUCAGCAUCAGUACAUCCCCAAUUGGGUACCGGGUGACGCUGACGUGAAAUUAGUCAAGAGGCUGGUAAAAGCGUCUCCGCGAAUGAUCGUCAGUUAUCUGCCGAAGCUGCAUUCGGAUCUGCAGAAAUUCGCUGUGGCUUUCGAGGAACUGAUCGAGGACGAGACAAACCCAAAGAUCCAGGAGGCGCUCAGUGCGACUCAGAAUUACUUGCUGAUGAUGCUGUGCGAGGUUGAGAGCAAUCUUGAGGUCCUACCACCGCUUCGGGUACCACGUAGGAUCGAGAGGAGCAUCAUGAACGAGAGACAACGUAAUCCUGUCGAUGAUACCAGACGGUGGAUAAGGGACUGGGGUGUGGUUCUCAAGUACAGAAAUUACCUGCACGCAUGGAGACACGUGUUCAAUUAUUAAUUAAUUGAAUUUCCAUUAGGGUGAAAAAAAGUUGGAUCGACUAGGGAUGAAUUUUUUUUAUGGAUGUCGUAGGUAGUAUUUAUCGAAUGGACCAAAGAAAUUUGUUUGAUACUAUUUUCUAUUGGAUUAUCGACGUGCGCGUUGCGUUAAUAAGUAUUAUUAUUUCUAGUUGUUUAAAGAUCGCGGAUGCAACUGCAGUUCAGUUGUGUGGGAAUACGUGGGUUAGGAUUAGCGCACUGUUGCAAAAUUUUAAUGACUUGCGAAAAUGAGUGACAGUCACGCAGAUGAGCGAUAUAGUCAUUCAAUAGUAGGGGGACAAUGGAAGCUACGAGACGGGGAAUACCACGUUGGUUUAAGCGUGGUUAACCUCAACCUGGUUAUCUAAAUUAUUUAUUUAACUUAUUUCCUGGAGAGUUCGAGAGUCUUUGGCGGCAGAUGACGGAACUAUGAGUAAUGGGGCUUAACGGGUAAUAUUUAUUAUUUAUUUUGAGAAGUCUCGGACUAGAUAUUUAUUAAAUUUCUUUUACGCGCACCUAGUGACGCAAAUUAUUCCGGCGAGGCUGCUCGAGGGAAAUGUAAAAAAAAAGGACGAAGCUCCUAACGUUUAUUGUAAUUAAUUUCGUAUUUCGUAGAACGAAGGAGGCGUCUGCGUCUUAUGUGAUAGAAACAGCCACGUGUGCUCGAAUUAAUUUGACGCAAACAAGUGGCAAGUGAUCGUAGUUCGUAUAGGAUAUUUAUUAAUGAUACUAUUUAUAGCGGAGACAUUAAUUAAUUUAUUUAUAUAUCGUAUUUAUUUAUAUUUAU